UGCCAUCUAGCGGCCGUUUAAUAUAUUGCAGGCCCACCGCAACCGUCUCUGCCCUAAACUGAGCACAGUUAAAAGUCACGCAUCUCCCCGAGCCCCUUUUUUUGUCUCAGGAAACGCGCACUUCCGUCUUUUCUUUUCGUUUUCUGCCUCAAGCAAUUCAUUUUCCACUGCUACACCAGCUUGGCAAGAUGUGUCUGUAAAAGGCAGCCGCGUCAGACUCAGUGGUGUUCAUAGAAAUAUGAAGUUUCUUCUAUUUUUAGACGGCUGAUCGUUAAGCCGACUGCAAGGCUGCCCGACCAGCUCUGCGCAGAAGAGGAAACUUGCUUUCAUUUUCUCAAACAGAGGCAAGGAAGUGAUUUGAAGUGCGGGGUAGUUAGAAAGAAAGUUAAUCUCUGGGGAGUUUUUUUUUCUUCUGAAGUCUGAGGGGGACUGAUGGAGUUUUCUGAACACAUCAAGACGGCCAACGUGGAGGAUGUUGAGCUGCGACAGCCGCUGCACCCACCGAGCAGAGGGACCCUGUGCAUCACCGGCCACCACCUGCUCUUCUCCGGGAGAGAGGAGGGCAGCUCCCAGCAAGUUCUGCUGCUGCUCAGGAACAUCGAUGCCAUUGAGAAAAGUGUGGAAAACCUUUUGGGCUAUUCCGGCUUCCUCUCUAAGGCAGCCCACAGUGACAGGAUGUCUGCAUCCUCGGGGACGAUCACCAUCAAGUGCAAAGAUCUGCGCGUGCUUCAGCUGGACAUUCCAGGCAUGGAGCAGUGCCUCAACAUUGCACACUCCAUUGAGACCCUGUCCAGUCUGGACAGGGUGUCGGAGAUGUAUCCUUUCUUUUUCAGACCCACCGACCCCAGCCUGCAGGACCAGUGGGGCCUCUCGACCCCCGAAAGACACUACGCUGAAACGGAGGAGCUGCAUAAGAGAUGGAGACUGAGCAGCGUAAACAAAAGCUACUCGGUGUGUCCAUCCUAUCCUCCGGCGGUCAUUGUUCCAAAGUGCAUCGACGACGAAACGCUGCAGAAAGCGGCCAAAUUCCGGCAGGGUGGCCGCUUCCCUGUCCUGUGCUACUAUCACAGGAAGAAUGGCAUGGUGAUCAUGCGCAGCAGUCAGCCGCUGACGGGUGCCAACCGAAAACGCUGCAAGGAAGACGAGCUCCUCCUUCAGGCCGUGAUUGAAGACUCAGAUAAAGGUUUCAUAAUCGACACUCGCUCAAGCCAACAGGUUCAGCAGGCUCGGAUGACGGGCGGAGGUUUUGAGUCCAAAUCCUGCUACAACUGCUGGAAAAGACUUCACAGGCAGAUGGAAAGGGGUAAGCCCCUCCAGGAGAGUCUGAUCAAACUGGUGGAGGCCUGCGGGGACGAGUCCCACAACGUGGACCGCUGGCUCAGUAAGCUUGAGAAUUCAAAAUGGCUGUCUCACGUCCAGACGGCUCUGUCCACAGCUGGCCUGCUGGCGGAGUGCGUGGAGAGGGACGGUCAUUCAGCUCUGGUGCACGGAUAUGAAGGCACCGACUGCACUCUGCUCGUCUGCACUCUGGCCCAGCUCAUCAUGGACCCAAGCUGCCGCACGCUGGAGGGCUUCCUGUCGCUCCUGGAGAGGGAGUGGCUGCAGGCGGGACACCCGUUCCAGCAGCGGUGUGCCCACUCGGCCUUCUCCCACGCUCGCCUCCAGCAGGAGUCUCCCAUCUUCCUGCUCCUGCUGGACUGCGUUUGGCAGAUAUGGCGGCAGUUCCCCUUGGCGCUGGGCUUCUCCGAGGCGCUGCUCCUCAGACUGGCAAAUGAGGUCUACGCGUCAGACUACGGCACGUUUCUGUGUAACAGUGACCAGGAAAGGUGUGCCCUGGGAGUGAAGGAGAGGACUCACUGUUUGUUCAGGGCCCUGUUGAGGCCAGCAGAGCGAGAUUACUACUCAAACCCUCUGUACGAGCCCACAGAGCUGGCAAUCUGGCCCUCAGUUCACCCUCAGUCGCUGCAGCUGUGGCAAGGCUUUUUCCUGAGGUGGACGCAGCAGGCGCGUCACCUUGAGGCGGUUCAGGAGGAAAUCAGGAACUUGGUCAAUGAGUGGGCCAGGAUGACACAGAGGUGAUGACGCCCCUACGAAGACGUUCCAGCUUUAAGUCGGAAAAUGUCUCACAGAGAAACAUUUACAUGUUUCGUCCAUGUUUAAAUGUACAGUAUUUUUUUUUACAUCUUCAUAAAUCUUGAACUUUAAAAAAAAAAA